AUGAGUCAAAUUGAAGACCCUCCAACAAAGGGUCGUGUAUUGCACGGUACAUCACGGAAAGGAGGACAACAGUGGCAGCCCUUGCAAUUUUGUUUCCACCCAGGCACACUGACGCCAGCUUGGCGUCAACAAACCCAGGCAACAGCACGGUCUGGAUCUACCUUUGGGCUUACCCGGGUUGGUGGCCCCCGUGUCUUGCCUAGGCUGCUUUGCAUGCACUGGAGUCGUCUCGCUGGCGAGGGUCCCUCUCUGCCCGGCCAUGCUGCAGUGGACUUGCUCUUAUAG